AUGAUCAAAGGCGCUCUCAUUAAUCGACUUGAAGAAAGUGAAAGUAUGCAAUUAAUCAUUGUUAUCAUAUUAUUUUUCUUCAAUCUUUAUCAAAAUAUUAAAUCAAUAGAAUAUCAAAGUAAACAAAAAGAAUGUAUUUGUGAAUGUUGUUUAGAUAAUAAUGAAAAUUGUUUACCAACAUUUCGAUCGGCUAUUAAUAUAAAUCCAUUAUUAGAAUGUAAUAGUAUAACAUGUAAUCAACAAUCAUGUUUAACAUUUUCUCAAUGUUCAAUUGCAUUUGGAAAGACUGUAGCAUCGUGUCAAAAUAGAAUGAUUUUUUCAUCAUCGACGGGUUCAACUAAUACAAGUCGACAAGAAGUUGAGAAAAAAAUUCGAUGUAUACCAAUUGAAGAUGCUAUUUCAAUUGAAUAUUUAACUGAUCUUUAA